AUGUUGAGAAAAAGUCGUGGCCGAAGCCCACUCAGAGGACUCCCUGCAGCAGUGGCUGAGGUGCAGAGUCUAGAGCUGUUUCGGCAAGUCACGGCUGGACAAGCUUUUAGAAAGAUUCUUCUGCUCUUUGACCGACUAUUAGUUGAAAGGAGUGCCACCAAAACUAUAACCAAAGGCAUUAUGCUUCCAGAAAAGUCUCAAGGAGAAGUAUUGCAAGCAACAGUAGUGGCUGUGAGAUCAGGCACAAAAGGAAAGGGUGGAGAGAUUCAACCUGUCAGUGUGAAGGUUGGAGACAAAGUUCUUCUCCCAGAGUAUGGAGGCACCAAUGUACUUGCAGACGACAGGGAUUAUUUCUUAUUUAGAGACAGUGACAGUCCUGGAAAGUAUGUGGACUGAAAUCACUGUUGAAAUGGUGUCACAUGAAGCUGUCCAUUCCACCGAUAUUUUGAACUAUUUCAUCAUGUAAAUAAUUUCAUUGCCUCCCUUUUAUAAUAAACUGAUGAUGCCUAAAGAAGUGAAACACACACACACACACACACACACACACACCUCAACAUCAACA